AUGAAAACAUCUUCUGGCGUCGAGGGAAUUGCACGUAUAGAGAUUCAAAAAAGAAUCGACCUGAUCCAAAUCAUAAUCUAUAUGGGAUUUCCAAAAAUCUUAAUUGAAAGUCGACCCCGAGGAAUCGAAGAAUUACAGAUGAAUUUACAAAAAGAAUUUCAUUCUGUAAAUAGAAAACUUAACAUUGCUAUCACACGAAUUGAAAAGCCUUAUGGAAACCCUAAUAUUCUUGCAGAAUUUAUAGCGGGCCAAUUAAAAAAUAGAGUUUCUUUUCGCAAAGCAAUGAAAAAGGCUAUAGAAUUAACUGAACAAGCAGAUACAAAAGGAAUUCAAGUGCAAAUUGCAGGACGUAUCGACGGAAAAGAAAUUGCGCGUGUUGAAUGGAUCAGAGAGGGGAGGGUUCCACUACAAACCAUUCGAGCUAAAAUUGAUUAUUGUUCCUAUACAGUUCGAACGAUCUAUGGGGUAUUAGGCAUCAAAAUUUGGAUAUUUAUAGACGGGGAAUAA